UGAUGCAAGAGUUUCGCGACGACCGCGAGAAGAGGGACUUCGUGUCCGCCGGUGCGGCCGCGGGAGUGGCGGCGGCGUUCGGCGCGCCCGUCGGUGGCGUACUAUUCAGUCUGGAAGAGGGCGCCUCCUUCUGGAACCAGACCCUCACGUGGCGUAUAUUCUUCUGCUCGAUGGUCAGCACAUUCACGCUGAAUCUGAUCCUAUCGGCCUAUCAUUUGCACCCUGGUCAACUG